GGGAGAAUGCCACUGCCUGACCGACCCACUCGAGCCUCGUUGCCUCUCUCCACACUUUUUAUCUUCAACUCGAAGACUUGGCAGCGACGGAAAACAGGGCAAGGCACGCGUAACUCUCCUCCUCUCUCUCUCUUUUCUCCUCUUCUUUUUCCUUUUCUUCUUCCUUCUUCACCCCGUUCUGCCUCUUCUUGACUUCUUGACUUGCUUCAGCUACUAUUUAUCUGAUUUCUAUCUCACACCCGAGAGUGCCACUAAUUGCAACACACGCACCAACUCACACAUCCCAGUCCGAUACCCCCUGUAACAUACUGCCCACACCACUUCCAUCCCCCACCAGCUCGAUCCAAUGGAGCCCAGCAAUAGCCAAGCUAUCCGUCAGAAACGCCUCAAGGCAGGCACAGCCUGCACCAACUGUCGCCGCAAGAAGCUGCGGUGCACCGGCACACCCAAUUGCGCCCGGUGUGUCACCCACAACCUCGACUGUGUGGUCGACGAGGCCCUGUUCCUGAAGACCAACAGUCCCCAGAGUCUCUUUGCCAAAGCAUCCUCCUCCUCCAGACCCUCACAAGGUUCUUCUUCCAAUCAACAAUACCACCGCUCCAAGGGCAAUGGAAACAACCAGUUGUCCUCCUCCUAUCCUCCUCAUCACCACCACCAUGACCGUGGCUCGCUAUCAUCCACGUCAUCUGGUUCUGCAGACGAGAUGAUAGAACGCAGGGACUCGAUAGAUUAUCAGUCCGAUCGCCGCAUGUCCGCCAGCAGUGCGACUAGCUUCUCCAGUCUCAGUCCUUCCCCUUCCCCAGCAGCAUAUUCAUACAACUACACCAGCAGCCAAAAUAACUAUCUCAAUGGUAACCCAUACCAACCCUCACCAUCCAAGCACACCUCCUCCAAGAAAUCAACUUCCUCGUCCUAUCGAUCUGAACCAGGGGCUGGCCCUCUCGAUCCUGUAUCGUCUUCUUCACGCCCCUAUUCCUCAUCAUAUAAUAACAACACCUCCCACAUUGACUCGAACCUGGCCCAGUCCCCUUCAUCGUCUUCAUCAUGCUUGAAUAACAAGAAGAGGGUCUCGAAGGACCAAGGCACGACCAAGCCCAAGCAAAAGAGAAGGGACUCUCGCAGUGAUCGAGAUAGUGAUCCAGGCUCACCUUCACCGCUCCUUGUCCCACAGGAUUCGUCCUCCAGCGGGGGCUCUUCGUCCACUUCCACUGGCGCCAGUAAAGGAGAAGAUUUCAAGUCUGUUGUGAGCACCAUGAGCUUGGACGGACAUGGCCAGCACUUUCACGGUAGUAGUUCUGGCUUCUAUGUCUGCCAGCUUAGCUCUCGCUACCGUCAGGGAGUCUAUCCCUUGCCAAUGGCGCACUUAAACGACAGCGAUCUUUGGUCCCACUCGCUCCAGAUGACCAGCGAACGCGAGCUGCCUACCAAGGACGAGAUGGACAACCUCCUCAGCCUCUACUUCCGCUUCAUGUAUCCAUUUGCGCCCAUGUUCAUCCGCAGGACAUUUAUGCAGCAAUAUGAACAAAAGCGACCAGAUCUCUCGCAAAUCUUGAUCCUAAACGCCAUCUUUUGCAACGCCUGCUGGUACUCGGACGAUCCAUUGAUCAAGCAGGACUCGACAAAGUACUUUAACCGUGCCAAGAUUAUCCUGGAUGAGACCUAUCACGUCUCGCGUGUCAGUACUGUCCAGGCAUUGCUGUUGAUGUCGCAUCAUCAGUACGCUGUUGGUAACUACUCGGGAGGAUGGCUCUACACAGGCAUGGCAACUCGUAUCGCUCAUGAUAUUGGCUUGCAUCGUCAGGAUGUACAAAUAAACGAGCCAGAGGAGGCAGAAAUCAGGAGGCGCGUCUGGUGGGCCGUCUACAUUGCAGACCGACUUGGUGGCGGUGUCCUCGGUAGGCCAUUGAAUCUUCGCGACAAGGAAUACAACGUUCAGAUGCCGUCGGAUGACUGGAUUGGCGAGCUCGGUGGCGACGAUGAGGUCGAGUACCCCUAUGAACCUGAACGAAUCAUUUCCUGCCGUCUGCUGUGGGCUGUCAAGCUGUUUAUGCAGAUGGGCAAUGUCCUCAACGCCAUGCACUGCAUUGAGGCUGAGAUCAACGGAGCCUUUCUAGCAGACAUCUCCCGGACACAGCUUCCUCAGCUCCAUAACAGCCUGACGUCCUGGUUCCUGUCCCUGCCCAACGAGCUCAUGUACACGCCCUAUACAAUGUCACCUAACUCAAACCACCCCCCCUCACCACCCACGGCGCUGAUGCAUAUGUUCUAUUACACCACCUUGACUAUGCUCCAUCGACCAUAUCUCCGCCCCGUCAACUCCGCGGCUAUCGACCCCAACUUUUUGGUGUCAUCCAGGAAUAUCUGCACAGCAGCUGCGACUAAUGUCUGCCACAUUGCGGAUUCGCUGAUGCUUCACGGACAGCUCCGCGAUACAUGCUACUAUGGUAUGGCCUGUCUCUUGGCUGCCGGAACGGUUCAUGUGCACAACGCCAUCACGCCGACACCAAGCAACCGCGAGACCACCCGCGCUGGGCUCUCCAAGACUGUGAAGGCGGCGCACGAGUUGGUCAAAACCUUUCCUGUGGCAGAGUCGCUGAUCGCCGUUGCUUUGGACGUCUUUGCCAGCCAGACGAGUUCGGUCCCGACCGAGAUGGCUGCUUCGUUUAUUGAUAUUUCGACCUUUGUCGCUCCGUUUAUUGACAUGACCCAGCUUCAGUCGACAUCCAUCGGCAACAUUUACGAGGCUGCAAGGCUCGCCAAGUUGGCUAAGGACGGCCCUGGUCCUGCACCCUCGAUCCAGCUGCGUCACCCGUAUGGAAACUUUUCAAUGCCUCUUCCCGAAGGCGGAAAGGAUCAGAACUCGACGACCCUCAGUACUAUGUGGCAAAGUCAGAUUGCCACUGCGGUCGCGAUGGCAGCAAUCGCGUUUGGUGGUACGGACCCACAACAGGAGCAGCAGUUCUUUGCCAACCCACUCGAACUGCCCGAAGCCCUGCGAUUGGCGCCUAUUGACGCGAUGAUGUUUCAAGUAGACGGCACGACCGGGUUGGACACCUUUGGUACUGAUCCUCUGCAGUUCGGUAAUUUAAAUGCUACUGGCGCCGGAGCAACUGGAUUCAACAUGUCUCAGCAGGCGGACUCGCAUCUGCUUCAGUACCAGCACCUUCAACAGCAACCUGUGCAACCCCAACAACAGCCGCCUCAGUCUCAGGCCCAGUCUCAGACCCAUGUAUUGCAGCAGCCCCAGCAGCAGCAACCAGUACAGCAACAGCCAGCCCAGACAUCAGUUCCUGUGACGCAAUCUAGCACACAGUUCAGUAACUCGUUCAGUGCGGUGCAGGCACUCAAUCUGAUGCAGGCAGCUCUUACCUCCUCUCUUCAGGUUAGCAACUCCACUUCACAGCUGCAGCAGUCAACUCAAUCGACCGCUCAACAGCAGCAGCACCCCAUGAUGGAGGAUGACACUGCUGAUCCACCUUCGCCUCCUGCGAUCUCAUCAGAUGAUAUGGACAUGGAGGCGUCCCUCUCUGACAACAACACACCAAGUCCCGCUUCUGUGUCCUUGUCUGGGGGACCCCGUCAAGAUGCUCAGACUCAGUGCGAUACUCCAUCGGGCUAUUCUCCUAACGGAUCAACGGCAUCACACGAGUCGUUUAUGUCAUCGUUGACCGAAGACCCUGAUCACAGUCUGCCGUUUUUCAUAGAUGGUCAUCAUGAGCAGCACUCGCAGCAACAGCAGCAGCAAUCACAACAGCAGCAGCAGCAGAUGGGUCAGCAUCCGUUGAAGGAGGGAUUCGGAUGUCAUAAGGAUGUGGAGAAGGUCAAUACGCUGUUGUUUGAUGGACAUGCGAUGGAGUGUUAAGCAAUGCUACCAUUUGUGGGAUGCUUUCCUGUCUUUUUCGUGGUUUCCUUUAUUAGUCGAGUUUUCUUUUUCUUUUUUCGUUAUUUUGUACAUAAUCUUGUAGCUCUACCCUAGAAACGGCAAUAAACACAUAGCGCAACAGUCC